GGCAGGGGAAAAGCACGCAACGACGGACCAAACAGAAACAAGAAGAGAAACAUCAAAAGGCCCCACUCCUACAGGGCCCGGACCCCGACGGAAGGGCCGCCAUCGGCGUCGGCAAUGCCACUGCCGCACUUUCCCGGUCUGCUUUCCAGGGGUCCAGGCGGGCACAGGCGGGAAGUCCAGGGUGGAAGUGGGUGAUUGGUGUUGGCCCGUUGGGUGUGUGUCGGGUGGGUGUGUGACCGUGUGUGCGUGUGUCCAUGCCGCCCUACGCCUUUGGGCCAUCAUCUCGGCCAUACUUCUCGGCAUACCCUUCCUUGCGCAGUAAGGUACCAAGAGAAAAUUACCUUGGACGAAGAGGCGCUUUGCAAAUCUCUUCCUCGACAACUUCGACUAUGAUUCCUCAAUAACACCUACCGUACUUCACAACCGAACCAAACCGAGCAUGGCAACGACCACAACACUGUUCCGGGUGUUCUUGCGCCGCCAAACACCCGGAGCCCAAGGACUGCGAAAUCGCUUGGCACAACAGCAACAGCGUCGCGCCAACUCCAGCUCCGAAGCACCCAAGCCGAAGAGGGCAGAGGAUCCUAUUCCCGUGCCAAACACCAUCACGACAAUCCCGUUAUGGCAGCGCCUCGGACCCUUGACCCGCGCCGGAGAGGGUUAUGCCCGAGCCCAGCGCAAGAGGCCUCUGACGACGCAGUUCAUCAGCUCCUUGGUUAUCUACUUUUGCGCCGACCUCUCGGCCCAGAACAUGAGCGGCAACGACUACAACCCGGAGCGGACAAUGCGUUCCUUGAUUAUCGGCGCCAUUUCCUCUAUUCCCAGUUAUAAGUGGUUCAUCUUCCUCUCCCAGAACUUCAACUACGCCUCGCGGCUCCUCUCGCUGGCCACAAAGGUCGUGGUGAACCAGGUGUGCUUCACGCCCAUAUUCAACUCGUACUUCUUCGGCAUGCAGGCGUUCCUGGCUGGCGACAACUUCGACCAAAUCAUCGACCGCAUCCGACAAUGUGUGCCUGUGAGCAUCGUCAACUCGUGCAAGCUGUGGCCUGCCGUGACGGCCUUCAGCUUCUCUUUUAUCCCGAUGGAAUACCGCAGCGUCUUCUCGGGCGUGAUUGCUGUCGGAUGGCAGACUUAUCUGAGUUUCCUAAACAGACAGGCCGAAGUCGUCGAGGAGGCAGAGGAAAUCCAAGAGAGAUCGCAUGCGGUGCAGGCCAUCGCUUCUCAUGAGAGUUCAGUAAAGAUGGAGGCUUGAGCUUGAAAUACGUAGACGAGGGGAGGAGCGGAAAGCAUAAAUAUCCUAGACAUUCUUUGGCAGCAUUCUUUUCUUUUGUAGUGCAUCGGGACGGCGUUGGGCUAGACGGAGACGGACCAUAGAGACAUGGAGAACGUCAUGAUCUGAUACGAUUUUAUUCUUAGAAAAAAAUACCUUAGACUUUGUACCGUGUCAGUCGACACUGUACUGACACUGUCCCUCCGUGCCAGAGCGACGCCAAAUGUGCAACCCAAACUUC